GGUGCCAAAAAAGACCCUAAGGCCUAAGCUCCCUCUCUCUCUCUCUCUCUUCAGUCUUAAACAAAAACAUACACAGAGAGAGAGAAAGAGACAGAGAUUUAAAACAAACCCCCAAAAAAGAAAAAAGAAACUCACAGACCAUCACAACGCAGAACAUAAAAUAGCAGCAACCUCCGGCCACUCCACCCUCUCAGGACUCAAAUGUUGCCACUUUAUUGAGCCUUGUACGAGAAUGAGGUUUUGUUAGGUGUGGUGGAUGCUUCUUGCUGAGACCUACUACUUGUAGGUUUUAGUGGUAAAAAUAAGAAAUGGCAGAACCGAACUCGGUAGAUGUGAUUCUGGAAUUUCUGCAAAGAAAUCGGUUUACGAGAGCCGAGGCAGCUUUGCGCAGUGAGCUCAGCAAUCAUCCUGAUUUGAAUGGUUUGCUUCAGAAGCUUACGAUUGGAGAUAAAGAUAAGAGCUCGGGUAAUAUGGUAGAGGAGGAUAAUGGGGAAAAACUGGUAGUGGAAAGUCAAGGGUCGUCUCGGGAUAGUCUUGAAGUUUCGAAGGAAUUAAUUGUGAAAGAGAUAGAGUGUGGGACUGGUAGAAAUGGGUCUGAGAGCAAAUGGAAGAAUGCUGCUUCAACUGGUGAUCGGAACAAGAAUAAUGAAGUGGCUGGGACAAGUGAUAAGAACUUUAGUUUCCUGAAAGGUUCAGAGGACACCGUGCUUGAUUUGUAUUCGUGGAAGUUCAAUCCUAGUAAUGGUCCUGCUGGAGCUUAUCAGAAUGAUGGUGGUAGUAGUACUAAUACUAGUAGCUUUUCGGAGCUUCUGAAAUCAGAACAACCAAGGUAUCGAACGAGUGACGUUCCUGAUGCUGGUAAAGUCCCUGUGAAGCCAAGAAGUGAGGAGCCCACAAAUUUGUGGCUUGGAAGCACUAGCAAAGGUAUUGUGGAAGCCAAGCAUGAGAGGAUCCAAACAAGUGAGCCCAAAGAACCUGUUCAGCAACAUAAGACCAGUAGCACAUACUUCAUAGGAAACAUUUCAGAUAAUCCAUGGUCAAGAAGUGAGGAUCCCACAAAUUCAUCUUCUGAUACUUGGAAAGAUUGUUCUGUCAAGACUGUUUUUCCAUUCUCUAAGGGGGCUGUGUCAACCAGUUAUGAUAAUGCUGUUGUCGUUGACAAAAAAGAAGGCAAGAAAAAGUCAGAAAUGAGUGAUAUCAGGGCAGCAAUAAAAGACCAGGUGGAUGAGGUGGGAAGAGCUCUGUACUUUGUCAAGUCACAAGGGGUUCCAGAGCAAAAGACUAUCAGCAGCUUGAGUUUUCCUUUUGCAUCUGAGAAUCAGAAGGAAGAGUUUCCUAGGUUGCCACCUGUUAAACUUAAGUCGGAGGACAAGUCAUUGAAUGUUAAUUGGGAGGAAAAGUUUGAACGGGAUGGACCUGCUGCAAAACUCAGCGGUGCUGAUAACCCCCUCCUUAUAGGGUCAUACCUGGAUGUUCCUGUCGGACAAGAGAUAAACUCUGCAGGUGGCAAAAGGAUUGCAGGAGGUAGUUGGCUAUCUGUAAGUCAGGGAAUUGCAGAGGAUACAUCUGAUCUGGUUUCUGGUUUUGCAACUGUUGGUGAUGGAUUAAGUGAAUCUAUUGACUAUCCAAAUGAGUAUUGGGACUCUGAUGAGUACGAUGACGAUGAUGAUGUUGGAUAUAUGAGACAACCUAUUGAGGAUGAGGCCUGGUUUCUGGCUCAUGAAAUUGAUUAUCCAAGUGACAACGAAAAGGGCACAGGGCAUGGCAGUGUUCCAGAUCCACAGGAAAGAGCUCCAACGAAAGAUGAGGAUGAUGAUCAAUCUUUUGCUGAGGAGGAUUCUUACUUCUCUGGUGAGCAAUAUUUUCAAGCAAAAAAUGUUGAACCAGUUACAGCUUCAGAUGAUCCUAUAGGGCUGUCAGUGACUGAAAUGUAUGGGAGGACUGGUGAGAAUGAUUUAAUUGCUCAAUAUGAUGGACAGUUGAUGGAUGAAGAGGAACUGAAUUUGAUGCGUGCAGAACCUGUCUGGCAGGGCUUUGUGACUCAGACGAAUGAACUCAUCAUGUUAGGGGAUGGGAAAGUUAUGAAUGAGUGUGGGAGGUCGCGGCUAGAUGAUAUUUGCAUGGAUGAUGAUCAGCAUGGUUCAGUUAGAUCAAUUGGUGUAGGAAUCAACAGCGAUGCUGCAGAUAUGGGUAGUGAAGUGCGGGAAAGUUUAGUUGGAGGUAGUAGUGAAGGGGAUCUAGAAUACUUCCGUGAUCAUGAUGUUGGAAUUGGUGGGUCUAGACAUCAUCAUCAUGACUCAGAAAAAAAAUAUAUUGAUAGAUCAAGCAGGGAUAAAAAGAAAAGUAGCAAUCAAGAGGCCAAUAAGUAUGUAGUUGGGAAUGAUAAGGGUGUAAGUAUGCAGAUGAAGAGUCACACUGAUGGAUUUUCAUUUCCCCCACCAUUGAGGGAUGGGCAGUUGGUGCAUACAGGCUCUAGUAAAUCUUUAUGGUCAAACAAGUGCAGUGCUAUCAUCAGUGAUGAAACUGAUGAGCGUCUUAAUGCUUUGGUGGGAUCUGAUGAUAUGCUUGCUUCAUGGAAGCGGAAAAGCAGUGAUUCUUCACCUGCCAAAAGUUCCAGGGAUGAAGAAAAUAAUGCUACAGCUGCGAGAUCCACAGAUUCUAGUCCCUCAACACUGUCUAAUUAUGGUUAUGCUGAAAGAGAGCAUGUAAAACGAGAAGAGGAAAAAACUGGAACUGCAAGGGAGGAAGAUCCAGCGGCAUCACUUGAGGAUGAAGAGGCAGCUGCUGUGCAAGAGCAAGUAAGGCAGAUAAAAGCUCAGGAGGAGGAGUUUGAGACCUUUAACCUCAAGAUUGUGCAUAGGAAAAACAGAACUGGCUUUGAGGAGGACAAGAACUUCCAUGUUGUUUUAAAUUCAGUCAUAGCUGGCCGCUAUCAUGUUACUGAGUAUCUUGGUUCAGCUGCAUUCAGCAAAGCUAUACAAGCACAUGAUCUGCAUACGGGCUUGGAUGUCUGUGUAAAAAUUAUAAAGAACAACAAGGAUUUUUUUGAUCAGAGCCUUGAUGAGAUAAAGCUUCUCAAGUAUGUGAAUAAGCAUGAUCCCGGUGACAAGUACCACAUUCUUCGAUUGUAUGAUUAUUUCUAUUAUCGAGAGCAUUUGUUAAUAGUAUGUGAACUUCUCAAGGCAAACUUAUAUGAGUUUCAUAAAUUUAAUAGAGAGUCUGGAGGGGAAGUUUACUUCACAAUGCCAAGAUUGCAGUCAAUUACCAUUCAGUGUCUUGAGGCACUUCAGUUUUUGCACGGACUUGGCUUGAUACAUUGUGACUUGAAGCCUGAGAAUAUAUUGGUGAAAAGUUACAGUAGAUGUGAGGUGAAGGUCAUUGAUCUUGGUAGCAGUUGUUUUGAGACAGAUCACCUCUGUUCCUACGUUCAAUCCAGGUCUUAUCGAGCCCCAGAAGUUAUCUUGGGACUUUCAUAUGAUAAGAAGAUAGAUGUAUGGUCACUUGGCUGCAUCUUGGCAGAACUUUGUACUGGCAAUGUACUCUUCCAAAAUGACUCGCCUGCAACAUUACUUGCUCGAGUUAUGGGAAUUAUAGCUCCCAUUGAUCAAAGCAUGCUUGCCAAAGGACGGGAUACAUACAAAUAUUUUACCAAAAAUCACAUGCUUUAUGAACGGAAUCAGGAAACAAACCGGCUGGAAUACCUGAUACCAAAAAAGACAUCCUUAAGACACCGGUUGCCAAUGGGAGAUCAAGGCUUCAUUGACUUUGUUGCUCAUCUACUUGAGAUAAACCCAAAAAAGCGGCCUUCAGCUUCAGAGGCUUUAAAGCACCCAUGGCUAUCAUACCCAUACGAACCUAUAUCAUCUUGAGCCAUUUGAAGAUUUUUUUUGCUGGCAAUGAUAUGCUGCAGGUGCCCUCGUGUUUGUGUUUGGGUGUCUUCUUAACAGGGGAAGGAGCCACUUUUAUUUCUGGCUGAAAUUGGUCGUCUGUUUUAGGGGGUCUUCAAAGAGAAAUUGGCCCUUACAUCUGUGCACAAUGCAUUGAAGGUUGUGUUUGGUUUUGUUGGUGAUACCUAUCUUUCCUUCCCCUUGCCAAGUUGUAAUUCCAACUAACCAUAAUCAAGAAUGUAAUUUUGCACGCUCUCUGUAUUCUUGGGGGUGCUUUGUUUGAUCUGGUGGAAGAAAUCUUAAAAAUCGUGUUGUACAUGAUGUGUGAUCAUUCUUUUAGGUUAUCUAGUAAUAUUUUGUGGAAUAGUUUUCCAUCCAA